AUGGAAGUCCGUUCGAUGAUUCUGAAAGAGCUCUACGUCGGAAACGACGGGGAUUCGACCAAGUUCUACCGACCAGCGCUUGCAGUCUGCAGGCAAAUGCGUUACGAGGCUAUCGAUAUGUUCUUUCGACACGAUGUCUUCCACUUCCGUGUCGACCGGUGGGGUGUCACGCAGAUUGGCGGUCCUCUGCCGGUGGACACUUUCUCAAAUUGCGGGGUCCACGCGCGGGCCUUCGUUCGACACGUCGAGCUUGACUUCACCCUAGAGCUGGAGGACGGUCACCCCAAAGGAAAAGGCGGCCAGCCGUUCUCGUCGUAUAUCAUUGAGUACGAGGUCAAACGGUAUCACAUGGCACACACUCAGAACUGCAACGCAGGUCUCUUUUUCCUUGCGGAUGUAGGACGCCUCGAUCGCCUCGGAUUCUGGGAGCUGAGAUCCGUUAAGAUCAGAUUCAAUGACCUCGGGAUCUUCCUCGGGCCAACAACGGUGCAUUUCGCGCGUAGCAAGUCAGAGACCUCAAAUGACUUCCGAGGACGGCUGCUUGAGGUGUUGGAAUUGUUUUUUCACAACACGCCAAUCAGAGCCCAGAAGGUGGAGAUUCUGGAUGUCGAUCCAAUCGCUAAGGCGCUGCUGGAGUCUGCAAUAUAUCUCGAGACACAACACCGUCGUGCCUGGCCUAUACGCGGCGAAUAUAUAGAGGACGCUGGCAGGCCCAAGAGCGGUCUCAAGAUGGAAGCACGGCUCGAACGGCUCGCGCUGGUGAUGGAUGAUGACAAGUAG